AUGACAAUUAUAGAACAGCUUGAGAUAAUCAAACAACUCGUUUUAAAAGAACGUAAAAUCGUUACUUAUGAGUGGUUAAGCAAAUACCUUAAUAUUCAUGUUAAUGAGGCAAAACCACUCCUUUAUAAGUUUGUUUCGGAAUAUGGGUCUUCUAACAAAGAAAGUUUUUACACAGUAUAUUGCAUCUCUGGCUUCUCCACGAUUAAUGAUCAACAUACUGUCACUUUAAUAUACCAGGAGAAUUUAGAAAAUAUACGAAAAGACUUUAGCAAAGUUUCAAGCUUACACGUAUACAGCGUACAACCAAAGUGUCCCACUGAAGCCGAGUUAGUAAAAGCAAAUCAAGGAUCCAUCGAUAAAGUUUCUACUGAACCUGUUUUACCUUCAAAUACGAAUCGGGAAGUUACUUUAACGGUCAAUAAGAAGGAGUCUUCAAAUACUUCUAUCAAGCCUGAUGAAAAGGAGUCAGAAAAAGUCAACCCUACACAACCUGAGAUAUCAAAGCCAAACACUGUGACAAUAAAAAGCGCGUUUUCAAAAGAAAAGCAAUUGAUCAACAAACAAAAUGAUGAUUCACAUUUAGGUAAGGCCACUUCCCAUGAAAUUGAAACUUCAAAAGAAGAACAGGAAGAUAGACAAUCAGAAGGGAAGCAAUUUGUUAACCAAAAAAAGAACGAUAAAACUGAAGAUAACGUUCCUCAGGAUGAAUCAAAGACUUCAAAUAAAAAAUCAAAGAAGAGAAAGAGCGAUGAAUGUGAAAGUAAUCUUGACGAGGCUUCAAAAGAAGGGCGGGUAAAUAACAAACAAAAGAGUAAGGAGAAUAAAGUAACGUACAAAAAUAAAAUCGCAAAGGCUAGGAAGAAGAAUAAGGUUGCAGAUGAUCUUGACCUUCAAAAUACAACUGAGAAAUUUAUGACCAUUAUGACCAUAGACAAUGCUGAAAAAGAUCAGCCACAAGAAAAGCAAUCGGCUGUGUCGGCUAGUCCUGAUCAACAAAGUGCUCUUCCAACAAAGAAAAGAGGAAGACGUCAGACGUUGAAGUUUAGAUCGUAUGUGAACGAAAAGGGAUAUACGGUACGUGAAAAUUAUCAUGAAUGGGAAUCAUUUUCAGAAGAUGAAUCGGUUUUAGAACCUCCUGCAAAGAAAUCACAGAAGGCAAUUAAAGCACAGGAACCUAAAGGCGUCGCUAAACGUGUGAAGAAGAAGAAAGGAGACAACGGUUCCCAAAAGAGCUUAUUGAAUUUCUUUGGGAAAAAAUGA